GGUUCAUUUUUCUCUCAGUCGGAUAAGAGCGGCUCGAGGAGCUGCAGCCCGAGCCACACGCGCACACCUUAUGUUUAUGGUAACGCUGGUUCGCCCGAGAGUAAACAACGGCAACAGCAGCAGCGAAGUAAAGGACGCAGUUCACGUCCGUACGGUCGCCGGACCGUGUUUCUCCCGGUUGUAGGGACCGUUGUCCACGCUGCCGGAGGAACAACCUCUGCGCAUUCCUCCACGCAGAGAGAGACAACCGACACCCUCCGCGGGGAGAGGAGAGCUGGAAGCGGCCUCUUCGCAAGGUGGAGCCGGGAAUUCACCCACGGAGGCUCUAGUAGACGUCCUGUCUGAUGUGUUGGCUUUAUCGCAGACUCCGUGUGUUUGUUUUUGAUGCUCCAAUGACCCACGGCACGCUGUGAGCUCGUUGCUUUGAUGAAUAAUUUACGGUGUCGCUGUCCGAGGCUCGCGCUGAGACUACCAACCGACCGCUGGCUGCUGCGCCCGACGCCGUCUGAACGGGCCCCGAUGGUGGACUAGAGAGCAACACCACAACGCAGACACGGACCUAAAUUGGAAAGCAGCAAAGGAAGAAGAACAUUAGAAAUCCUUGCAUACUCGUCAGGGUGUUGUGUCGUAGCGCAGAGCCCCGUAGUCAUGUUGCCGAGCCGGUGGGGGAGGAGAGACGGAGCCCCCACUAUUUCGACGCCGACCCAGUGUCACUCCAGAAAAACGCCUUACACAAGAGCUCUGUUAUGAUCUUAGCAGCAUAAGUAUUGUGUUGUUUUUUGUUACCUCAGAAACAAUCUUGGAAGAACUGGCUACCUCCUUGUUUUGUAUCAGCUCAGAGUUGUAUAAUACAGAGACAAAUCUGUAAGUCGAUAAGCACCGUUUUCACUGUUGAACUGACUUUAAUACCUCAUGAAUCUACCUCAAAUACAACUUUAUUUUCUAGACAACACAACGGGCCGAUGUGUCCCCAAAUGAAUACCUCCGCCUCCUUGCUGCGCAUGUUGUAAACUUAGCCUGUGUUUCGGUAACGCUGCAGAUGGCUUCGUUUCCAGACUCGGACCUGCAGACCUGCCCGCUCUGCAAGGAGCUGUGCGGCUCCUCUGCUCCCAUUUCCUCCAGCUCUUCUACCUCGUCCUCUUCCUCACAUACCUCGUCCUCCUCCAGCCAGACUACCAGGAGGCUCCACGUCCUGCCCUGCCUCCACGCCUUCUGCAGGCAGUGCCUAGAGGGCCAGCGAAGUCCCGGGGACCAGCUGAAGCUGCGGUGCCCCACCUGCGACCAGAAGGUGUCCAUCUCUGAGGCCGGUGUGGACUCCCUGCCCUCCUCCAACUUCCUCUUCAGCAACCUGCUGGACGUGGUGGUGGGCUCAGAGGAGCAGAUCCAGAACAAGAACGGCCUCCAUCACCGGGGGGGCCUGGGUGGAGGCUCCUCCGGCUUCCACCACCCUCACGGAGGCCUGCUGCACCCUCACCACCUAGGAGAGCCUCAGUGCAGCUCCUGCGAUGAGGAGAACCCAGCCACCUCCCACUGCCUUGACUGCCAGGAGUAUCUGUGUGACAACUGUGUGCGGGCACACCAGCGGGUGAGGCUGACCAAGGACCACUUUAUCGAGUCCCUGGGAGAGAACCUCCACCUGGGCCGGAUGAACGCCAACAGCAACUCUGGCCAACCAGGGGUGUCGGUCUCGCUCGCGCAGUCCCUGCAGAACAACUUUGCCCUGCUGUCCCUCUUCCAGGACCGCAUGAGCUUCUGCCAACACCACGACAAUGAGGUAUUCCUGUUCUUCUGUGAAACCUGCUCGGUGCCUAUCUGCAGGGAGUGUAGCGUGGGCCGUCAUAUGGGCCACACCUUCGUUUAUCUACAAGACGCCGUACAGGACUGCAGGGCCAUCACCAUCCAGCUGCUGUCAGAUGCGCAGCAGGGACGACAGGCCGUGCAGCUGAGCAUGGAGAAGGUCCAGGCCAUGGCAGAGCAGGUGGAGAUCAAAGCCAAGGUGGUGCAGACUGAAGUGAAGGCCCUUGUCCUCAGACACAAGAAGGCGCUGGAGGAGAGGGAGUGUGAACUACUGUGGAAGGUGGAGAAGAUCCGUCAGUUGAAGGCGAAGUCUCUGUACCUGCAGGUGGAGAAACUGCACCAGAGUCUGACCAAGCUGGACAGCACCAUCGCUGCUGUCAGCCAGGUGCUGGAUGAGGGCCACCACCUCGACGUGCUGCUGGCCAGGGAGCGAAUGCUCACCCAGAUCCAUGAACUCAAGGCUUUGAGGGGAAUACUGCAGCCCCAAGAGGAUGAUCGCUUCAUGUUUACUCCUCCAGACCAGGCACUGUACAUAGCCAUCCAGUCCAUGGGCCUCAUCAGCAGCGGAGCCUUCGCCCCAGUCACCAAAGCCCAUGGUGAGGGUCUAAAAAGUGCGCUUCGUGGCAAGCCCGCCUCCUUCACUGUGAUUGGAUAUGACCAUGACGGUGAGCCGCGUCUCUCCGGCGGAGACACAAUGUCUGCGAUAGUCAUGUCAGUCACAGAUGGCAACCUGUCUGCAGCGGAGGUAACGGACCACCAGAAUGGCUCUUACACCGUCAGCUACCUGCCUAAAAGUGAGGGUGAGCACCUUGUGUCAGUGUUGGUGUGCAACCAGCACAUCCAGGGCAGCCCCUUCAAGGUGAUCGUGAAGUCAGGGCGGAGCUAUGGCUCCCUAGGCUCCCAAAUAUCUUCCUUCGGCUGCGAGGGAGAGGGAGACGGUCAGCUGUGUCGUCCCUGGGGCAUCAGCGUGGACAAGGAGGGAUAAUAUUCAAGCCUUGUGGUGCUUUCCACCAUAAGUUUGGCUCUCUGGGUUCCCGGCCGGGUCAGUUUGAUCGUCCAGCCGGGGUUGCAUGUGACAGUCAGAGACGAAUCAUUGUGGCUGAUAAGGACAAUCACCGUGUGCAGGUGUUUACCUUUGAGGGUCAGUUCCUGCUGAAGUUUGGGGAAAAGGGUACCAAGAAUGGGCAGUUCAACUAUCCCUGGGAUGUGGCUGUCAACUCUGAGGGUAAGAUCCUGGUCUCAGACACCAGGAACCACCGUGUGCAGCUCUUCGCCCCUGACGGCUCUUUCCUCAACAAGUAUGGCUUUGAGGGGGCCCUGUGGAAACACUUUGACUCUCCCAGAGGAGUGGCUUUUAACCACGAAGACCACCUGGUGGUGACCGACUUCAACAACCACCGGCUCCUGGUAAUCCGGCCAGACUGCCAGUCAGCUCGCUUUCUGGGCUCCGAGGGCACCGGGAACGGCCAGUUUCUGCGGCCCCAGGGCGUUGCCGUGGACCAGGAGAACCGCAUUAUUGUUGCGGACUCCCGUAAUCACAGAGUCCAAGUGUUCGAGCCCAAUGGAAACUUCUUAUGCAAAUUUGGCACACAGGGGAGUGGCUUUGGACAGAUGGAUCGACCCUCUGGUGUGGCUGUGACGCCUGAUGGAGUCAUUGUGGUCGUUGACUUUGGAAAUAAUCGCAUCCUCAAGUUCUAAAAAAAAAAAACAACAAACGUUUAUUUUUGCAUUCUCUCCCUCCGUUUACCCUUUUGCAGUUUUUUCAAUGAAGGAAAUGGAGGAGAGAGAAUGAAUCAACAGACACAACAGGAGGAGAGCCCAGAGAGGAUUGAGAGCAUGUUGAAGCAAAGGGAAAUUAAAACUAUAAGUGAUAAUUUUUUUCAUUUGCAUUGAUAUUCUCCCAAUCAGAUAUCUGUGGUAUUUAUGACAAAGGGGACCUCUACAAAUUGAUAAUCAGUAGAAAAUGAGCCAUAUUUCCCUUCCUCUGUCUCAGCUGCUCUGAAUUCUCUGUCUAAGCUCUCCUUAAAUAUCCAUCUCAGGGAAUUUCUCACUUUUCUUGAAAUCUUGUACCCUCUGCUCCAUAACUACCUCAUUUAGCUCUUUAUGAAUGUACUCAUAGUCACUGAGCAGAGGUUUUAGUCCGUGAAGUUUUACAAAGAAGAAAAGUCUACCUCUAUACUUUGCUAUUUAAGAGAGACAAAAAAAGAAUAGACUGUUCAGUUGAUAUUUGCACAGGAUUAAUGGUAUUCAUGCUGUGCAUUUUGAAAUAUGAGUUAAAGUUAACCUCCUGAAUGUUGUUGCUGAGACAAUACUCAGACCGCUGUAGAGGCUGCAUGAUUUAUUCUCAUUAGAGGGCUUCGCUCGGGGAGGAAACUAGGGUACAUAAGUGUCCUAUUCAUGUUUUUAGGCUACUUAGUUUUUUGUUUAUGCAUCAACGCUUGUCUCUUUGUGGCUUUGUGGAGCUCGUAGUGUCAUGAUAACUUAAGAAGAGUGCACAAAGCGAUGCCAAACUCGAUAGAAUCAAAAUUAGCCCAGGUUACGGUAGGACUGAUUAAAAUGAUCAGUACUUUUCAGACUCUUCCCGUUACCUUUACUAGCAAAUGCUGAUUUGAUGAAUUUAUUAUAAGUAAAAAAAAUAGAGUUGAGGGAAUGAUCUCCAACGUGACCCCUGAAAUGAUCCCCAAAAUAAGCCCUGUACUAAAAUAAUCCAGAGUGUUUGAUGAUCCAUACACCCCAGCCCCCAUUUGUGUUGCAUAAGACUGGAUGAAGUAAUGCUUCUGAUAAAACAAGACAACCUGUGUCGCUACUAUCCAGUCAGUUGCAUGAACAACUAAGAUGCAAAGAUUAGUAUGCAAGGAGAGCAGCGUCUCCUUCAAAAGGGAGGACCCACACAAGGAUUUUGGAGAUGGAUUUUCUAAGGUCUGGAUCUAUUAGUGAUUUUAAUGUAGAGAUUUAAUCAUGUAAUUGAAUGACACCUUUUUGGUAAGGCAUGCUGUGUGACAAAAGUCUCACAAGUAGACUCCUAAUUUGGCUGUCCAGAGGACAUUAAUGACAUCAAAUGAAAGGCCUAACAUUACAAUCCUUUGGAUUUAGAUUGUGGUUAAAAGCCACCCCCUCUGGCUCGUGGGGCCUAGGGUUUAGUCCAAUCCAAUGAGAGGGUGUGAUCAUAAAGCCCUGCCCUAUUUAUUGAUCCUUGUAGUUGAGGAGACCACUCCUGAUUGAGCGCUAGUAGACCGAUUCCUCUAAAGACGGAGGUCUAUAGACCAAUUACUGGAGUCAACCAAAGUUAGAAUUUCUGCACAAUGGCCAACCGUAGAUUUGGCAAUUAAAGAAAACUAAAAAAGCCCCUUUAAAACGUUAUCUUAAAAUAAUCAUUGUUGCUGGGAAGUUCAUAAAACUCAUGGAGUUGAGUUCAUAGCACUGCCCAUAUUAGGAUUAGACUAAUAAAGUGUGCUUGGGUCGCAGUUUAUUGUGCAUGAGUACUUUCACAUCCUGCUAAUACCAAGGCCCUUGUUGUGUGAGGCAGGUUUCGAAAGAAGAUCCUUUUCGUCCGUCUGCAGGGAUGUUCGUGUAGAGAACAGAAAAUACCCACACCAAAGAGAACCCCUUUUAUAUCCCUCGCAUUUAUCCCCUCAGCCCAUCAAACGUUGCCCCAUGUUUAGUAUUAUUAGACGGCCCAUAGGCUCCAAGUAGCAUCUCAGAUUAGCCUUUGUAUCCCAGUCUAAUUACCAUAGAAACUAAUUGAUAUUAACUCUUUGUGGUGAAGGCAUUGUGGGGUUUUAAAUCCCCUUGCCCUUCGUUCAAUCUGUGUCCCACUGGAAGCACUAGACAAUUAAGGUUCUGUUAGCCACUUCCUUAGCCUAGCAAAGAAUCUUGGGACCUAUGGAAAGAUUCUCCGACUGACUCUCACCUCUGAGGAGAGGGCCCGCCUGCACAUGAUCAGGAUUUACAUCGUCAUAUCUCAGAUAUCCUGUGCCGUCGUUUUACCUCCUUUCUCGUGUACCUUAACUCCUGAAUACCUCAUAUGUCCCUCAUUGCUACUGUGCAUUUAAACAUUCAUAUACCUCAACUUGUUACUCAUUCUGAAUACCUCAUUUUUACUCUUUUAUUUAAGCAUACCUUGUCAGAUAUUUAUGCAUUACAAAGAUACCUCAUUCUUUGAAUCUUCUCGUGUUACAGUACAUUAAAUGUCCCAUAGCUCUAGGACCAAAGAUCAUGGUACUGUUUUGAGUUGAAAUGAAAUUUGUAUUAUGAUCAUCGCUCCAUCUUCCAACCCUCUACUGUAAAUUGCCUGGUAGUCUAUGCCUUUUAUCAUCAAGAAACCAAAUAUUUCAGAUGAAAGCAUUGUGCCAAAAUGAUCUGUGAGAGUUCUGUGCCAAACAGGGUUGGCAUUUGGACCACGCUGUUAUAGACGACAAAUGUCUCUGGACCAUUAUAUCAUAGGAACAAAUGUUAAAUCAGAGCACCUGAGAAUAAAUCCUCGCUCUCUGAAUGGAUGCACUUAAGAGGGCUGGGCCCCAUUUAUCUUUACCUCAUGAUAGUGAUGAACAUGCAGAUUCCACUUUUACUUAGUUACUGUGUGCAAGGGGUGAGGGGAAGAGGAUGUGGCCUCUUUAAAAGAGUUAGGAACUUCACAAAUCUGCCUUUGAAUGCACAAGAAUGACUCUCUAAUUUCAGCACAAUUUACCAAGAUUUCAGUGUGGAUUUUAGGAAGCUUGAUGUUGGUUGUGGAGGACCUUGAGACAAGUAUAAACUCAACCAUUCGGACUGUUAAACAAACACAUCAGAGGAUUACGCCUAACGCGUGACAACUGGCUGGUUUAUUAUUUAAGUGGAGUAUUUAGCACAUUGAUGGCGAGCCAGUUUGAUUCCACACACCCUGCUGCUUUGAACACAACACCUAGUUUUUUGCUUUUCAGUAUUACUCUGUGAAAUGUUCAUUCAUGUUCAUCCGUUUUUUUAUUAAGAUUGCAGAAUUCUAUCUUUAAGAUCCUUAGGUCUUCACUCUUAAAGAGGAAAAAUGUAUUUUAAACCUUUAUUUGUUUUUCAUUUUGUUGCAUGCUUUAAAAAGUCCUUGUAUUAUAUUGACGUCUCUCAGAUAGGUGUUUCAAAACUCAGAUGGGGUGGGUAGCUGACUAUUGGGAUGGUUUUUACCAAAAUAUAUACCCAAAGAUGUGUAUGUGUGUUAGGAUUGCGUUGAAUGGAAUUAACCUUUGACCUUUGCGAUUGUAUUUCCUGUUCUCAAGAGGCUCUGCAGAACACACCCUGUUCAGCCAGCCAUACCUCGAUUCCUGACAAACCAAUAGAGGUUUGAGUUUUCAGAUAAAUGCAGAAGGCUGGAGGGCCCCUGGACCAUCAGUGCUUAAUUUUCUUUAACUCCCUCUAAUAUGCAUAAUGUGAGUAGACAUGUUAACAUUCACACUCAAGCCCUGUAACUUUAGGAAGCUGUGAAAGCUUCCUCCUGAGUGUUACUUUAACGUUAACAAUGAUGAAUCCAUAUGGUGGCCAUUUUGGGUUUGACCUAGUAAUAGGAACUCUGUCACUGUCCUGUGAGGAGCAGCUAGGUUUCUCCAGCACUAACUAGCAAUCAGCUUCUUUCCUUGUCUUUACAAGAAUCCAGGAAGUUUGGUGAUGGCUGCUGAGCAUGUGAUUGGUUGACUGCACUCCUGCUCAGCAAGGUUUUUUUUUUUUUGGUUUUUUUUUAUAGGGCCCCUAUGGUUUUAGUCCACCAUUUUAUUUCUGGCCUCUCAUGGCUUUAAGAGAGGAAAAGCAAAGCUGCAUCAGGUGACGUGUGCAAAGGUCGUAGACCUCCUUUUAUUGAUUGUAUACUCUAAAGAAAAGAAAGAAAAAAA